CGUAACUACAGCGUCUGAUGAGCCCGACGGUGCAAGGAAACAGAGCUACCUAUUUCAUAUAUUUUUUUAGCCAUUUGUGCCGGAGAACCGCGGCACUUGCAGUGUAAAGAAGAUAGCUAAUAUAUUGACAUAACGUUUUAAUAAUAUCCUGCUGUCAGUGGCUGAAGAAUGUCGCCAUGUUGUUUGUUUUUGCUGUAGGCUAUGUUUAGUGUGUAGCUGCCAGGGUAACAGCUAGCUGAAUAACUGUCUUGUCUGCCUACGUUUUUAGGCAGACAAGGCGUUUAAACACAACAUCUUUUUCUUUCAAUUUUCCUUUUUUGGGGGCUGGCGGCAAGCCACUCGGUUACUCUGGAGCAGGACACGGAGGAGGGUAUGGCCAUGACAGGAGGGACUGCAGCCGCCCUCCCGAUGAGUAACCACACCCGAGAGAGGGUGACGGUGGCCAAGCUGACGCUGGAGAACUUCUACAGCACGCUGCUCACGCAACACGAGGAGCGCGAGACAAGGCAGAAGAAGCUCGAGAAGGCCAUGGAUGAUGAGGGCUUACCAGAUGAUGAGAAAGUAAUGCGCCGUUCGCAGCACGCUCGCAAGGAGACGGAGUUCUUGAGGCUGAAGAGGACGCGGCUGGGCUUGGAUGACUUUGAGUCUCUUAAAGUCAUCGGGCGCGGUGCUUUUGGAGAAGUGCGUUUGGUGCAGAAAAAGGACACCGGGCACAUUUACGCCAUGAAGAUUUUAAGAAAAGCUGACAUGCUGGAAAAAGAGCAGGUCGCACACAUCAGGGCAGAAAGGGAUAUUCUGGUGGAAGCAGACGGCGCCUGGGUCGUUAAGAUGUUCUACAGCUUCCAGGACAAGAGGAACCUCUACCUCAUCAUGGAAUUUCUACCUGGAGGUGACAUGAUGACCCUGCUGAUGAAGAAGGACACCCUGUCAGAAGAAGCCACCCAGUUCUACAUAGCAGAGACGGUCCUGGCCAUCGACUCCAUCCACCAGCUGGGCUUCAUCCACCGAGACAUCAAACCGGACAACCUGCUGCUGGAUUCCCGGGGCCAUGUGAAGCUGUCUGACUUUGGUCUCUGUACCGGACUGAAGAAAGCUCACCGCACGGAAUUUUACAGAAACUUGACACACAACCCACCGAGUGACUUUUCUUUUCAAAACAUGAACUCCAAGCGGAAAGCAGAAACCUGGAAGAAGAAUCGGAGACAGCUGGCUUAUUCCACCGUGGGAACGCCAGACUACAUUGCCCCUGAAGUUUUCCUGCAGACGGGCUACAACAAGCUGUGCGACUGGUGGUCUCUGGGCGUCAUCAUGUACGAAAUGCUGAUCGGCUAUCCGCCGUUUUGCUCCGAGACGCCGCAGGAGACGUACAGGAAAGUGAUGAACUGGAAGGAAACCCUCGUCUUUCCACCCGAAGUCCCUAUCUCAGAGAGAGCCAAGGAUUUGAUAUUAAGGUAUUGCACUGAUGCUGAGAACAGAAUCGGGGCCGGCAGUGUGGAGGAGAUCAAAAGCUAUUCGUUCUUUGAGUCCGUAGACUGGGAGCACAUCCGAGAACGACCUGCAGCCAUCUCCAUCGAAAUCAAAAGCAUCGACGACACGUCCAAUUUUGAUGACUUCCCCGAGUCCGACAUCCUGCAGCCAGCCAAUGCAACAGAACCGGACUUCAAGUCCAAGGAUUGGGUGUUCCUCAACUACACCUACAAGCGCUUCGAGGGCCUGACUCAACGAGGCACCAUUCCCACAUACGUGAAGCCCGUGAAGGCCUGACCGGAUCAAAAGCUGAGUAUUGGGGGAAAAAAAACAUUUACGGACUAACAGGGUCUGGCCUCAGAGGGCCCCAGCUGGUGCUGAAGGUGCUCUCCGCCGACUGUACGUAUAAUCCACCCUCAUCGUUAGCGCCCGCAGAAGUUAGCGCAUGACCUCGCUUGUCUGCCGCAGCUCUCAGAUUUUAUGUGCAUGCGCCAACCUCAAAAUCACCACUUCCACCAUCAAGCUGGUAGCUGAAGGAGCAAUUAUGCAAAACAAGUACCUGCAUCUGUACACUCUGGAACAUUCUAGAACACGUCCUCUCCAAGGAAGGUUUCAGCAUCCUUUGGCUUGUUAACGUCCUUUUCAGCUUGUUUUGCCAAGCCAGUUUUGAUAUAUUUUCCUUAAUAAUAGCCUUUGUUUUUUUCCCAUUCGCAAAAAAGACCCCAUACUUCAAAGUAGAGAUUGGCCGAUAAUCUACGCCAAUAUUUGGCAUUUUCACGUCUAUUGGUAUUAACUUUUUUUUGAUCGCUAUUGUCAGGUUCAAACACUGAUAACAUCUAUUAUACAGACAAAGAAGCAUGUAAUUAAACUAAGACAGAAUUCAAUUUAGCUCAAUUGAGGAGAAACGUCUGGGCUGUACUCUUGUACGGUCUCCCACCACGCUUUGACGAAAGAUGGUACGCCUCCUCUUUGGACUUUCCGUAAUAACAUGGCAACAGCUGUUUCUAAAGGGAGGGGGUCGUAAACAGCCGCUGCGUUUGGUCACAAAACAGUUCAAAGAAAAGGUGCCUGGAUGGGAGUCAGGUCCUGCGUCUUUCCGCUUUGUAGAUCUCGAGUCAAGACAAAAUAUUCCUGUGGAUUAUAAUACAUCAAAGAAAUCGACACCUUCAUGUCGUUUCCCAUCCUAUACAGUGGAGUUUUACAAGACUUUUUGAUUGGUAAGAUCAAAGACAGCUUUUGUCCCCUAGCAAAGCAGACAAAAGCAAACAAAGUUUCGUGAUAACUAAGAUACAAUUAUUCAGACAGCUAUCAGCCUUCUUUUUUUUUAACAUAUAUACUACAACAGAACUACAUCAGCCGAUACAACACAUACAGAUAUACCAGUAUUUAUUAUUAAAGAAUAAAUUAUUAAAGUAGAUAGUACUUUUUACUUAUUAAAAGGGCUUUUUUUUUUUCUUAAAUUCAUUUAAUAUCCUCUAAAGGCCUAGUGGCCACAUGCGUGGACAGCACCUUUCAGCUCUUAUUUCCAAAAUUGUGUACACUACUGAAUCGGGGUCUUACGGUCGCUUAUGUGGGCACUUAUACUGCCAUCUGGUGGUGUCAAAGGAGUAUAACAUACAAUGGAAUUUGGAAAAAAAAGUGUAAAAAUAAGAAUGAGCAUGUUACUAAACAUUAAGUACACGUUUGUGUAAUUAUGGACUAAGUACAUCAUAUCAAAAGAUGAUCCUUAGUUUUUAUUCUAAUCAGGCUCCAAUAAGCCCAUAGAGAAAUAAAAAAAAGCAUGUAAAGAGGUUUAAAAAAAAAAUACUCUCAUUGUCAAUGACUUUCCCCAAAUAUGUUUUGACAUCUGACAUGGCAUUUAUUUGAGUUCUUGCAAGGAUUCUUCUCCAGUUUGCUCACACGGCCACACCCCUUUCUCUCCCUCCUGCAGUGCUGGACGCCUGCAGUGCGUCUCUUCUGCUUUACCGUCAAACUUCCAAUAUCUGCCGGGGAAUCCAGUUUUUGUCCUUCUUUCCGGUGGGCUCAUUAAGGGAGCGCCGCGAGUCUCAUGUUCCGUGAUUCCAUCAAAAUAAUGCGACAGCAAUGGACAGUCAUGAAGAUGACAGAAAAGAUGUACAAACUUUGCGUAAAUAUCCAGACAAAUAAGAGACUUACACUAUUUUCCGGACUAUCGAGCCCACCGGUAUAUAAACCACACCCACUAAAUUUGAGAAGAAAAACAAAAUUUCCCAUAUAUUAGCCGCACCGGACUAUAAACCGUAGUGAAAUGACUUAUUCAUACAGAAAUAUUCUGUAAAUAUUUAUUUACAUACCUUCAUUGUUCCCAAACGGUGUCUGUAACAAAGCAGUAAAACGGCUGAUCAAACAAAACAGAAGUCAUGUUCAUGGACCCACUAGCUGUGGAUGCUAGCGUUCCAAUCAGCUUAACAGACUCCAACUCCUCUGUGACUGUUUGGUGCACUUACUGAGGAGUUUGUGAAACUAAAACAAUAUGAAAAUAAUGCCAUUGUAGGUUAGUAAUUCUAACACAGACUGGUAAAUGUGUUAGCAUAUUAGCUGAUGCUAACCACGCUUGCAACCUUCCCCUACUAUAGCACGUUUUUGAUUGAUUGAAAGUACAGUACAUAUUCCGUACAUUUGACCACUAAAUGGUAACACCCGAAUAAGUUUUUCUACUUGUUUAAGUCGGGGUGCACGUUAAUCAGUAUAUGGUAGUACAAAUAUGCAUGAAAACAAUCCCACAGACAUCACACAUUGGGCGCUUUAGUAAGUAAGAAUGGUUUUAGUUAUAUUGUAAAACUUACAAACGUUGCUUGGAGUGACAAAUGAAGAAUUCACACCAGUAGAACCGCCAUAGACGACCAGAAGACGUGACGGCACUUUCGCUUCCGGUUCAAAGCUCUGUCUUAACAGAAGGACACUGCAAUACCUGCAAAAGACGGCGCCAAAGCACGAACGAUAACACACAUUUUCAGUGUGUUUGCUUUUUGGCCGUCCGCAAAGAUAAUACCAUAAAUUAGUUUUAUAAGACGCAGGGUUCAAAAACGUAGGAAAAAGUAGAGGCUUAUAGUCAGAAAUUUCCGGUAUUAAAUACGGUAAGUAAAGUAGGUGAGGCAGCAGCUCACACGUUCUCAUACUUUCUGUAACAUCCAGGAAGUAUUGAAAAAUGUCUCAACUAUAAACUAUUUGAAUCAGCCCAGGAUAGUUUUUAUGGAAAUUUUGACAAUAUUUAAGAAACCUUACAAUGUAUUAAAUCCAUAAAGUGGUAUAAAAAGGAGUAGAUGAUGGUUAAAAUGUCAUAUUUUGACCAAUUUUCCCAGGGGAUGUUCCAUAUUUUUGAAUUGAGGCUCCUCUUAGACACAUUUAAUAAAAGUUUUAGAUGUUUUUUUAUAUAAUAUGUCACUACUGGUCCCACCUUUCCUAAAAAAAUAUGUUCAAAAAACAAUUUAAAGCCUUGUCCAGAUGUUAACUGACACAAUAUUCACCUUGAAAUAACUUUUACUGCUAAUGAAGCUCACCUCUAAAUAUCGCUUAUCGGCCUCCUGAUAAUCGGUGUCAGUCCUGGAAAAAAAAAAAUAUCGGUCGAUCUCUACUUCAAAGCAUGACUGAUACCAAAUGCACCGCCGUGGCAUCUGUAAAGCUGGCUUAAAGGGAAUAGCUGGGUUUGUUGUUUGUGUGGGGAAAAAAAUACCCCCCCCCAAAAAUUACAAUGUUACAAAAGUGCAAAUUCCCCGAAUAAUUGCCUCAGAGUUGAGCAAACACUGUCACUGUAGGAGGGAAUAAAGUAUGAGAAUAACUCAGGAAAUAUUGUAUAUUUAUCUCAAAUAGGCUGUUGAGGGUUUAGGGUUGCCUCAAGAGUGUUUUUCUAGAUGUUACAGGGUAAAUACUUACGUGUGUAUUCACAUCAAACAAAUCAUGCUGGAAUCUUCCUUAUGCUGUGCAAAAAAAAAACAAAAAAACCUCUACUGUCACUAACUCCCUUUUCAUGUCUCUUAUUUAUACGUCACGGAAGCUCCAAUCACUUCCUUCUUAGAAGUGCCUUCACAUAGCUGCCCAAUAAUAUUGCAUCAAUAUUGUGAGCGGUCCAUCGAAAGGCUUUUUCACCACCCCACAAACUCUUCACAUGGAAGGAAGGAAAACGGGCGGACAGUAAAGGGAAAUCACACACCCAGAAAAAAGGGAAAAAAGUUGUAAAAACGAGGAAAAGUGCUUUUAUGGCUUCGCUAAGACAGGACAGGACGCUCAUUAAAGAAAAAAAGACCCCGGGAAGUAUCAAACAUGUCCAGUUAACGCACCGGUCAAUCCCAAGUUCUUUUGGAUGACAUUUAUGUUGAGUAAAAAGGACCACCAAGACAGAAUGAUACAACACCAAGGUUUGUUACUAAAGCUUUAGGAGACCCGCCCUUACAAUACGACAAAAAAGCAUCAGCAAGCGAGGUGUAAAUAAAAAAAAAAAGCCCCUCUCCCCCAGAAAGAAAACGCGGCUGCUACUUCAAAA